UUGCGUCAUAAUCAUCAGCAUGACUUGGCAAUGACCUCCCGCUGUCUACACAUGAUUCGUUUGUACGUCCACACGCGAUCCUCUGCGAUAAUUCGCUGGAAAUUCACACAGAGAAUUUCACUAGGGUUGUUCUCAGGAAAAUGAAAGGCGGGAUGGAUCUGAUGGUGGCUCUGCGACACAAUCAUCAAUCUUCGAGAGGCAGAAUCGUUGUUUCGACUAUCACGGAAUGCCCGUAACUAGCUUCUUUUAGCCUAAUUAAGCGUUUUUAACUCCAUCAUCUAACGACAAUUAUUAAUUUCCCUCUUGAACUGCCCAACUUGGACCCUCCUCUCUCUCUGGAUCAGGGGCUCAACAGUGUCGUUUUCAUGAUUCGAGCGUUUAGUCAAUGAUGUGAGGACGAGAGACUGAGUGUCGAGAGGUCAAAGACUUCAAACCUGAACUCUAGGAUUCAAGCCACACCUGGGACAUACUUUGUGUAUCAUAGAAUUUGUCGAUGUCGCAGUAUUUACAAAUUCCCGCGAAAUUUGAAGUUACAGGGGCCUUCUAUGAACACAGUUGCUAGGUGACAAUCGCUAUACCAUUCCUCUGGAGUGAGGGUGUUUGAGGGGCGUGUCCGAUGUGGUGGGUGGUGAUUUGAUCUACCUUGCACGAAACCUUAUUGGACUGAGUUGGGUCUUCGAUGUUCACAUGUGAUCGGCGAGUUUGAUUGAUAAUAUUCACAUGUUAUCGCUGGUGACUUAAGCGCGUUGGUUAGGGUGUGAGGAUAGCCGAGAUAUUGUUCAGGGUGGAGGUAUUAAGGGGACUAUACUGCACGACAAUGAGCUUUGGGAGCAUUCGCGCUGGAGAACCGAGAAAUUAGGGUUAUAUGGACAAAACAUAGAUAGGGCGCGCGAAAGUGGAGCAGGAUGAUGUGGCGAUGGAAUGCGGGGAGGAGAUGAUUUCGGAUGCUCUACAACAGACCCUAGACCUUGGAGAAACUAGUGAGGCGCCAUGUUGCCAAGGCAGGGAAAGGAGUUCCCAGCGCCAAAUUGAUCACAUUUGAAUGAGAAAUGAUGGCGCUGCACCGCGAGAUUCUGCGCACCACGCAACUCUUUACGUGGAAGAAUGAGCAAAGCGUGCCCUAGUUUGCAUAUUACCAUCAGCCCAUUGCAAAAGUGCUGCAUAAGUGUAGAACCUCUCUGUCCUUACAGUAAUUUACCAAAUGCGAGGGAUGAGAGAGAGAGAGAGAGAGCUUCAACAAAGUGUAGGGUUUCGCUGAACCACACUACUCAUGAAUUAUAACUGAGAAGUUGACUUUGUUGAUGUAAGAUUACAUUGCAUUGAUAGAUACCAUUUCAAAUUCCGAUUCCUUUAUAAAAUGACGCUGAAGCUGAUGCUGCUCUAAGUAUUUAUCGAUUUUUGCUGCAAAGGUAUCCAAAAGAAGCAAAUUCAAGAAGUUUUUUGGUUAUUACCCCGUAUAAACAGCAGCUGAACGUCACUCAGCAACGUUGCAGUCGAUCUUUAGGUUCAGCGAAAGCCUUGAACAUCGAAUUCAACACUGUGGAUGGUUAUCAGGGACGUGAGGUGGAUAUUCUCAUUUUCUCCACUGUCCGUGCAUCGGACAAACCAGGGAUUGGGUUUGUAGCAGAUAUUCGUCGAAUGAAUGUUGCACUCACUCGUGCAAGGUUCUCUCUGUGGAUCGUUGGAAAUGCUUCUGCGAUGCAACAAAAUUCCGAUUGGGGUGCGUUGCUUUCAGAUGCGAAAAUGAGGCAGUCAUAUUUCCCUAUAAAGUACCCGUAUUCUUUCCAAGUAGGGGUAAACUCUAAGCCACUGAGACCAGUAAGUCCACCUCCAGGGUCGUCAAUGCAUAAUCUAACAAGCAGCGAAGCAUCUACCGGGAUUACCGUGUCAUCUGAAUUAAGCCAUGUAGUUCAAAACUCGACGGCAAGGGCAGAUGGUAGAAAGGUGAAAUCAAACAGGGGUGAAGUCAUCGAUUCCUUGAAACCAGACAUUCAACCAGGACGAAUUGAGCACACACCGCAGGAAAACGAAAGCAGCAGUGGGGCUCAAACCGUGGGGAGUCACUCUAAACAACUGCAUCCAAGUGCUGGGAAACAGACACAGACUACUACAGAGGGCGAACCUUUAAUACUGCGACUUGAUUCAUUUGUCAGAGAUGAAUGUAACAAACAGUCAAGGACUAGUGCGUUAGGGAACAAAAACGAUAAGGAUCAGCACUCAGAUAGCCUAAGAGCUUUCACAAUCGACACCCACUUAGGAAGAGGGGGAAGAUCUUGGGUUGAUGUUAGUGGCAUUCAGGAUUCCAGCUCCCGGAGCAGAAAGGAGGUAGGUUCUAGAAGAGAUAGCGCCAAAAUUGAGACUAAUGGUAAUGAGAGAAGAAACUCCGAGAAUGCUCAAGCAAUCAUUAGUGAAGGUGGUCCGGGUCAUGAUUUUGAGCUUUCGAACGACAUUAGUCUUGGUCUGGAUAAGAUCAAAAGAUCUUCCUCUAAGGAAAUUCGGACUGGUUCGAGUCGGGCUAUGAACAGCGCUGUUCCUACUGUAGAUGUUAAUCGAGACUCUAUGCGCUUGUCGAGAGCGAGUUCUAGAAUAACAACGUAGACAGAUUUGAUCGGAAUCGAUCGAGCUCCUGCGAUCGUGGCAGUAUGUCGCAUGCUGUUGCAUAUUCGGAUGCAAGCUUGUUAAGUUCUGAGCCAUGUACGGAUACUAGGUUCGAUUCCUGCACAAGUGCAUCCGCUAUUCAUGAAGAGGGUCGGAGAUCUCCGUCCGGACAUGGCAGUACAAAUUCUCCACUCACAACAUCUUCUGUGGUAGAGAGUGAGUGGGAACUUUUUAUGAGAAGACUGCGAGAGGAAAAGCAGUCUGGAAACUCCAUUCGAGACAAGCGUAUUGAUCAAAUUCCAAACCCUGGUCCAGACAGACGGACCAACCGAACUGCUCGUUCUGAUUUAGAUUCACGGACGAAACAAGUUCAAAGAUCUGAAGUAGUCUUAUAGAAUAGACAAACUGGGAAGCCUAAUUCAAUUACACGUCCAAGACAUGCAGAGAAACCCGAUUCGAGUAUGCGGAGCCACCAGAUUGACAAACAUGAUUUUCAUGCACAGACUACACAGGCUUGGAAAAAUGAUGCAGUUCAGAGGCCACCUACACAUCCUCCUCCUAACAAGAAACAAAAGGUUGCAGGAGAGGCGUCAGGUGUACCAAACAUCGCAAUUGGGUCAACUUUGGACGAUAUCCUGUCAGGAUUAGGUAGCCUAAGCCACUCGCAAGUUAUAGGAACUAGAGUGAUCGACCAACCGUCGACACUAAAACAUACGAAACACCGUCCCUAGUAUUGUGCUUAUGUAAGGUCAUCAUUUCAACUUCGGACGUCAAAGGACUAUGUUGGAUAAUGAAUUAAUUGCACCUAUUGGAGACAUCUUAUGUCAUGACAUGUAGUGUCAUGCACAUAAUUAAUAGGUCAAGUUUGUACAUAGACGAGUAAUAUGUAGUUUGAUGUAGUACAUUUUUGAUAGAAGUAUUCUAAUUUUUGGCCAUUGUAAUUUAUUCUUGUUUUGUUUGUUA